GGCUUAAUUGAAAAUUCCAUACUCGUGAACUGUGCCUAGUGUUAAUAUAGUGUUAUGUUUGUUCGUAUAGAGAAUAAAAUGUUUUAAGAACUAAAAAACAUAGUGACUAUUCCGAGAUACUUCCAAAAUUCUAUACUGGUUGACUGUAUCUAGUGUUAAUAUGUUUUGUCAUCGUUUUACAUAGAAUAUACUGUUCUAGGAACAAAAAACAGAAGACUAUCCCGACUUACUCCCAAAACGUGCUGAAACACAACAAAAUGUCUUCAAACAAGCCUGUAACUAAGAAAUUAAUAAACACUGUGGAGAGUUGCGUCGAUGACAAUCUGCGAGGUAUAGUUACAGCAUUCCCACAGUUGAGACUGCAUCCUAAACAUCGUGUGAUCACCGUCCGAACCAAGACUGAUACUGGAAGAGUGGCUGUGAUUAGUGGAGGGGGUUCAGGGCACGAACCAUUUGCUGCAGGGUUUGUCGGCGCUGGUAUGUUGGACGGAGCUGUGGCUGGUGGUAUAUUCGCGUCGCCACCGACUGGAAAUGUUUUGUACGCUAUAUCACAUCUCCACAAAUACAACUCAGGUGGUGUAAUUGUAAUAUUAGGAAAUUAUACAGGAGACAGAUUGAAUUUCGGGAAAGCAGUCGAGAAAGCAAGAAUUAACGGCAUCAAGGUCGAACCAGUAAUAAUUGGAGAAGAUGUCGCUUCUAGUAAUAAUAAGACUGGAGGGAGAGGAAUUUGUGCCGAAGUCUACAUAUAUAAGCUUUGUGGUGCGAUGUCAGUGAAAGGUUACGAUCUGACAACAAUCUACAAGAUGACGACGGACGUGAGCAAGUGUUUGGCGACGCUAGGCGUUUGUUUGAGUGCUUGCUCCUUGCCUGGCCAGCCUCCGUUAUUCGAAAUCGCGCAAGAUGAAAUGGAACUAGGGGCUGGAGUGCAUGGAGAAGCCGGCAUCGCCAAGAUGAAGAUGGGAACCUCUAAAGAAGUCGUGGGACUGUUACUAGAUAAGAUAAUUGCGCAUUUGAGAUUGGUGGCUGGUGAUAGAGUAACCGCGAUGGUGAACAAUUUGGGAGGAACCUCUAUUUUGGAAAUGAAUAUUAUUAGCGCUGAUAUCAAAGAAUAUUUAGACAGGAAACAAAUAAAAUUAGAACGUUUAUACUCUGGCCACAUGAAGUCGUCCCUUGAAAUGCAUGGGUUCAACAUUUCGGUGUUGCAUCUGACCAAGGAAAAUGGAGACUUCUGGUUGGGACUUCUUGAUGCUCCCACUACCGCUCCAGGUUGGCCUGCUGGCGAAUUCUCUGUAGGACAUCAUGAUAAUAUUGGAGACGAUGAGAAUGUGCUGCAAAGUUUUACACGCAAGGCUACAGUUGGACCGUCGUUGUCAAAACAGCAGCAGGAUAUCUUCCGAGGAUGCUUGAAGUCAGCUGCCGAGGAGCUGGUGCAGAGCGAAGUGUUGCUAAACAGACUAGAUUCUGGAUGUGGGGAUGGAGAUUGUGGUAUUACCAUAAAGAAGUUUGGACAGGCUGUCCUAGAAUAUUUAAGUCGGGGCGCCGUGGAGUACCCAUCAAACGUGCUGUGGCAACUGUCAGAGAUAGCAGAGACUGACAUGGGUGGUACAUCAGGUGGAAUCUACAGCUUGGGUUUAUCAGCAGCCUCGCAGUCAUUUGCUAGCGAGCGAGCGGUAACUCCAGCAGCGUGGUUAGCCGCGUGGGAGAGUAGUAUGGCAGCGAUAACCAAGUAUGGAGGGGCUGAGCCUGGAGACAGGACCAUGUUGGACAGUCUACAUGCAGCAUACGAGGCUUUCAGACAAAACCAAGGCGUUGACUUGAAACAAGCACUAUUGAAAACAAGCGAAGCUGCAGAGAAAGGCGCGAAAGAAACGGCUAGCAGGAUAGCCAGGGCGGGCCGCGCUUCGUACGUGGCAAAGGAGUACUUACAGGAUGAGGACGCGGGCGCCCGCGCUGUUGCCAUUUGGCUGAAGGCUGUUAUCAAAUAUAUGCUCAGUAAAAUAUAGUUCUAUUGUUU